GCCGGACACUGCUUCCUGUUGUGCGUCGAGCUUUUCACCAAAGCGCCGCAGUUGUGCGGGAAUUGAAAAGUUUCCAACGCUAUGGCCCAAACUUUGAUGUUCUUAUUGAUCAAUUUAGCGUAUUUAUUUGUCUCUUUAAAGGCGCAAGUGACCAGAAAUGGACUACUGGUGAAUCGAAACUACAAUGCGCAAGAGUUUUACUGCGUGGCGCAGUGUUUGGGUCUCGUCACGCCGACUAAACCGCCGAAAAAGUCAGCUAACUAUAUCAUGGCAGCGAAUUACAUGCAGGCCCUUUCGACCACCACGCAAACACCAAAAGCGCAAAAAAUAGUGAUGGCACCGCAAGUGGUGUGGGGCAAAGCGAAAUAUGUCAAAGUUCCCUUUGUGGCAAGCAAACCCGACAAUUGCUCGGCGCUGAAUUUUGUCGGAAUGGAUGAGUGUUGCCGAUCGACACCAAGGGAUUUUAUGUUUUCAAAUGCUGAAUUGGAAUCAUGCUCUGGAUGGAAAAAGCGGGAUAUGAUUCCGACUAAAUACAUUGAAAGCGUGAAUGAAUAUGUUUUGAACCAAGUGCAAGGCGACUUUGAAGGUCCUGGAAAUAUAGACCUCUCUUUACCAUCAACAAAAAUAAGAUUUGGAAAUGCUAUACAGUGCUUUGCUGAGUGUCUGCUCAAGAAAAAAGGACUGAAAAUUAAUAGAGGAAAAGUUUUGAAUUUUGAUAAAGUGGCUGAAAGCGUGACUAAAAAUGUUUCAAGCGAAUGGAACAAAAUUAUUACUGAUGCAUUUACUGACUGCAUCUCUGCAAUUCCUGUUGUUCAUCCAAAAACAAGGGUUGAUACCAAGCAGGACAAAAAGUUUGUGAGAGGAGGUUACAGGAAAGACACAUGCUACACUCAGCCCUUUCUUCUUAUUCAAUGCGUCAUGAAGUCGGUGCUUUUGAGCUGUCCCUCGCCAAAUAAACCGUUAAAAUCUGCCUACUGUGACUUGAGUCGUGAAAAUUUGCGCCAUUGCGAUCCAUUCAAAUAUUAAUUAGAGACUGUUAGAGACAAUUAGAAAAAAAAACUUCAAUUUUAUUUAUUAAACUGACGAGUGAAUAAUGUGUCAAUAAAAAAGUAAAA